UAUCGCAUACAGUUUACGCAACGCGCAGUGUUGAUUUGUCGAUGCUUCAUGCGGAGUGGUGUUACGUACUUACUUCACAGAAAGGUUUUCGAAAUAGUUUUUCAUUGAGGAAUCUGGCAGUUGUAACGAAGAACCCAUUGAAUAAUUAGUUUCUCGUCCGUUCUCGACACUGAACAUGGAUCUGAAGGAUCUGAGCUUAGACGCAGCGCGAUCCAUUGCGUUUUGUCUGAGCGAACCCGCGGAAAAGUAUGAGAAUGAUCCUGAAGUGGAAUUCCUGUGGGCCAUGAAGGCGAUGGAGCAUGCUGAGGUGCACUUCAACUUGGUGUCCUCGGUGGAUCCGCGUCGUCUGCGUCUGACUGAUCACGACGAUCGUCUUUACACGGACUUCAAGAAGUCCUUCCCGGAUUUUCACUUGAGUCCGCUGGUGAUCGAGGAAUUGAAGAGCGAUGAAGCCAAGGAAAAAUGGCGCACUUUCAUGAAGGAGUACGAGAACGACGUGGCUGACUUCAACUACGCGACGCUGUUGCGCAUUGACGCUAAUCAGGAUUAUUCCGAGACUAACACUAUCGUGGUGCCGCGCGUUCAGUUCGUGGUGCUGGAAGUGGCGCGCAAUCGCGAGGGCUUCAACGAUGAACUGCGCGCUAAGUACGGAAAGAAGGAAGCGUGACAUACGGGGAACCAUCAUCGCUCGCCAAAUGACAUGCACCUUUUUUGCGAAUUGAUGGACAGCAAAUUCUUAAUAUCACGUUCUGAUUAACCUCAUCACUGGUAUCUGUUAACUGCAUCGGUUUCAUUUUUAAUACGCGAAUUUGCUGUUGAUUAAUAAGUAGCCUCGUGCUGUAGUUGUGGUUUAUGGAAAAAUUUUCAUGCGAUCGCUGAGAAGCGAGCGAUGAUUAGACUGUCAUUUCACUUUUUCGCACGUUCCUCGAGCAUCAUAAAUUCAUUAAUUUUUUGCAAGGAUUACACUUAUUAUUUGUCAUAAAGAUGUUCAUGUUCAAAAUAUUCGUGUUAUAGUAAUAGUUGUAUGGUGUGCGUUGCUUUCUGUUAUAUUUUUAAUCGUUA